AUGGAGAAAAAAGUUGUGGCUGUGUGCUGCGUUGUGGGCUUCUUAGGGCUCUUAUCAGCUGCAACUGCCUUUGCUGCUGAAGCAACAAGGAUCAGGGGUUAUCAAAUUCAGUUUAUCUCGCCAAAUCAGUGCAUGUAUCCUCGAAGUCCAGCUCUACCGCUUGGUUUAACUGCGGCGCUGUCUCUUAUGAUUUCUCAAAUUCUCGUAAAUCUUUCAACUGGAUGCAUUUGUUGCAGAAGAAAUUUGCGAAUCCCUGAUGCCAGUUGGACGGUGGCACUGGCCUGCUUUGUUUUAUCCUGGUUCACAUAUUUAAUUGCGUUUCUCCUGUUGCUAACCGGUGCUGCACUGAACGAUCAACGUGGCGAAGAGAGUCUAUACUUUGGAACCUACUACUGUUAUGUUGUCAAACCUGGAGUGUUUGCUGGUGGCGCAAUGUUAUCUCUUGCAAGUGUUGCAUUUGGGAUUAUCUAUUACAUUACCAUAAUGGAGGGAAAGAAUGCUAGCAAUGCUUUUGGUAAUUCCUCAAACCCUAAUCAAGGGAACAUAGCCAUGGGACAACCACAGAUUCCAACUCAAACCAGUCAAAACCCGGUGUUCGUGCACGAAGACACGUACAUCAGGCGACAGUUCACAUGA